CCGGCCAGAGCGCAGGUGCUGCCUGCAAAAGGCGGGGUGCCGCUCCCCUCAAUCCGGGUCUGGGAAGCGGGGACCACGAGGACCCCCAAAUUCCUCCCCAGAUCUUCAGCCCCCAGGACCUAGGGUGGAGGCCGCCUCCGUCGCUGCCCGUGUGGUCCCUGUCCUCGCCUGACAGCCCGGGUCACCUCCCUCCCAUUUCACCGGCCCAGGGCUUGGCAGGCAAGUGGGGGUUCUACAGGGCGAGUGCAGUGGAGCCGCGGGGCAACUGGGGUCCCCUCCCUAGCGAGCGCGGCCUGGAGAGGCCUGCAGCCCGCACCGGGGACUCCCGCGCUCUGUGAGGGGGGCGGCCUGCAUCUGCUCCCAGGGACAGAGUUAGUCGCGGGUCACCAAGGAUGGGAUGCGGAAGAGGUCAGGGGUGGCAGCCCCUCCACUGGACCGCAGCUUCGCGGAUCCUGCUUCAUGGUGACCUUGGGCAGGUGACAGUACCUCCCUGACCCCCGUCUCCUCUUUGGAAUGUUGAGGUUGCAGAGGUCAGACUGUCUGUCUCAGAAUCCCAACAUGCACGCCCCAUUUUCGACAGAUGGGGAACCAGUCUUUGGCCAAAGGUUAGGGGAGACUCAGUUUUCGGCCCUUUAAAAUGGGUUGAGCCUGGCAGGGUUAUUCCUGUCCGUGGGAGGCUGAGCCUGCAGGAAGGUGUGCACCUUGUGGCCAGCCUGGGCUACAUAGCCAGACUCUGCCUCAUAAGAAAGCAUGAACAAAACCAAACCGUGACAUUGAUUGAUGGAUACAGUCUGGCCUUCCCGGAGGAACCUAGGACCAGGAGAGGACAGUUCCCACGUGCCCAUUAGGCGGGAUCCGCCUGCUAUGGAGACCUGGCCUGUGUCACCCCGUCCCACCGGUGUGGCUGCCCGGGUCACACCCUGACCCACAUACCAUCUCCUAUGCCAGGGCCCAGCCGGUUCCUGGGCGGAGUCCCAGGUGGGAGAUCAGGCGCUUGGCCCCUCCCGCUUUCGGGACGGUGGGUGACUCCUAGGCAGCUAUGCUCAGACUGGCUGAGCCUUCUGUGAAAUGGGCCGAAACCCGUGGGAAGAUCAGAGGUGACAGUAGGAGGGAGGCGUACUGUAAACACCUGCUCCUCAUGAUAUUAAUUAUGAUAUUGCGCUCAUUAAAAGGAGUCACGGCCAACGAGAAAAUGGGAUGUCUUGGAAGGGUGUGACCAGAGUCACCAGCACUCAUGGACUGGGGUACACAGUGGUGCUCAAUGCAUGUGCUUCUAAUGAAGUGACACAGCGAUGGCUGUCACAGGGGCCUCAGUUUCCUCGCAUGGAGCACGGGCUGAAGUCUGGGGGCAGCAUGAGCUUCUGUUUGAGGGCCAGGCGCUGGUGGCACACGCCUUUAAUCCCAGCACUUGGAGGCAGAGGCCGGUGGAUCUCUGUGAGUUUGAGGCCAGCCUGGGCUACAGAGCAAGUUUCUGUUUGAUGGGGUCACAAGGUUCAGAGAAGGCAUCGUGAAGGUCGCACAGCAUGGGGUCAAGGGCUGUGGGUGCAGCCAGCCCACACCUGACAUCCAAAAUCCCACCACCUAGAUGUGUUUGUCCUCGGUGCCCAAGCUGCUGUUCCCACACCCAGGUCCCAGGUGUUGGGGAGUUGGUGUGUGGGGUGUGCGGUGGGGGAGUGGAAUGCUGUGUGAUGUUGAGCAAGUGUCUGUCGGUCUCUGGGCCUCAUGGUGUUACAGUGUCCAGGAAGCCCUGGUUACAUUAGGAAAACUGUCUUAGGUCCACAGUAUUUUUAGGGGUCUCCAUGGUGUUUUAACUUCUUUUCAAAUCAUAUUAGUAAAAACAAAACAAACCCCCCCAAGAACAUGGGGAUGAGGGACACUGUCGUAUUCAAUAUCGACAUUUCAAAGUCAGACUUGGUGGUACACCCUGUCACCCCAGCACCCGGAAGUGGGGGUGGGAGGGUCAGGACUUUGAGGUCAUCAUCUGUUACAUCUAAUUAAGGCUGGCCUGGGCUACGUGAGACCUUGUCUAAAACAAGCUUUAAUCUGUUGGCCCUGAAGAAUGUUUAGGUUUCCCUCUCUGAGGGGAGGCUUCACACAUCUUCAAGUCUGUUUCCCUCUUGGCUGUUUUGGCCCAGUGUGGGCCAAAGUAGAGGCUCCGGGUGGUCUUUUUAUUCUAGUCAGCGUGAGUCUGUAAUGGUCACGUUGUUCCCACCUGCUCCCUCAGCCCCCGCCCUGCGUGCGGCCCUGUGGCUGUGGGGAGGUCCCAGGGGUGCUGGGCGGGGAGGUGACGGUUGGGUGGCAAGCAGGGCGGGCCAGGCUUCCUGUCCUCCUCCAGGCAUGGGCCUCCACUCAGAGCUGGCGGAAGUGUCAGGGGCCCAUGGCCUCCCAGUGUUUACCCCGGCCCCCUAGGGGCUCUCAGCCCUGCUCGGUGCCCACCGAUGGAGAAACUGAGGGACAGGGCCAAGUGACUCAGAGCCAGACAGAUCCUGGACAGAGGCCAGCAGGGGUCUCCUCAGAGGCCACCAGGAUGUCAUAUUUUGGGGAACAUUUUUGGGGUGACAAAAACCAUGGCUUUGAGGUGCUCUACCAUUGUGUGAAGCAGGGUCCUGUGGCCACCAAGGAGCUGGCUGACUUCAUUAGGGAAAGGGCCAGCAUCGAAGAGACAUACUCCAAGGCCAUGGCCAAGCUGUCCAAGAUGGCCAGCAAUGGGACUCCCAUGGGGACCUUUGCCCCGCUCUGGGAGGUCUUCCGUGUGUCCUCGGACAAGCUGGCACUGUGCCACCUGGAGCUGACACGAAAGCUUCACGACCUCCUCAAGGACGUGCUGCGCUACGGCGAGGAGCAGCUCAAGGCCCACAAGAAGUGCAAGGAGGAAGUUCUGGGCACUGUGGAUGCGGUGCAGGUGUUGGCCAGCGUGGGUCAGCUUCUGCCAAAAUCUCGAGAGAAUUACCUGAGCCGCUGCAUGGACCUGGAGCGGCUGCGCAGAGAGAACACCAGUCAGAAGGAGAUGGACAAGGCAGAAACCAAAAGCAAGAAGGCAGCUGAUAGCCUGCGGCGCUCGGUGGAUAAGUACAACUCUGCCAGGGCCGACUUUGAGACCAAGAUGCUCGACUCCGCCCUGCGCUUUCAGGCCAUGGAGGAGUCGCACCUGCAGCACAUGAAGGCCUUGCUGGGCUCCUACGCUCACUCAGUGGAGGACACACAUGUACAGAUCGGGCAGGUGCAUGAGGAGUUUAAGCAGAACGUGGAAAAUGUGACGGUGGACAUGCUCCUGAGGAAGUUUGCAGAGACCAAGGGCACCGGUUGCGAGAAGCCCGGGCCUGUGGACUUUGAUGCCUACAGUGCAGCCGCCCUGCAGGAAGCAAUGAAACGUCUCCGAGGAGCCAAGGCCUUUCGCCUUCCAGGACUGAGCCGGCGGGAGCCCCGCACAUCUGUGGACUUCCUGGAGUCUGACUCAGGGGUGCCUCCUGAGGUGGAUGAAGAAGGGUUCACUGUGCGUCCUGACGUGCCGCAUAAUAGCACGGCCGCGCCCCCACGAGUCUCCUCUAGUGACUCUGAUUUUGACGAUGAAGAGCCUAGAAAGUUCUACGUUCACAUCAAGCCUGCCCCCACACGCACUGUGACCUGCAGCUCUGAGGCUGCAGCUGCCCAGCUCAGAGCCACAGCAGGCAGCCUCAUCCUCCCGCCAGGCCCAGGGGGCACCAUGAAACGGCACUCGUCGAGGGACACUUCUGGGAAGCCACAGAGACCUCGGUCUGCCCCACGGACUGGCAGCUGUGCUGAGAAGCCCCUGGCCUCGGAGGAGCUGCUGUCCAAGAGCCUCUUUGGGCCACCGCUGGAGUCCGCCUUUGACCACGAGGACUUCACGGGCUCCAGCAGCCUGGGUUUCACAUCCAGCCCAUCCCCCUUUUCUUCUUCGUCCCCGGAGAAUGUGGAGGACUCGGGCCUGGACUCUCCAUCGCACGCUGCCCCCGGCCCGUCCCCUGAGUCCUGGGUCCCCCGGCCAGGCACUCCGCAGAGUCCACCCACCUGUAGGGCACAGCACCCCGAGGCCAGGGGCCCAAUGCCCCGUGGGCCCUCGCCAGGCCCCUGGGGGCCAGAGGCAGGCGCAGACUCCACGAUGCCUGCCGACUCCACCACCAGGGAGGGCCUGGCUGCGCCACCCAGGAGACCUCGGUCCAGGAAAGUGUCCUGCCCGCUCACCAGGAGCAACGGUGACCUGUGCCGGUCCCUCAGCCCCUCCCCACUGGGAUUGUCUGCCCCCAGCAUCGCCUCGGAUCGGCCCAGCUUCUCCACCCAAGUGGGACACGGCGUCUCCCGUGGCCCCAGCCCUGUGGUCCUAGGAUCCCAGGACACCCUGCCUGUGGCCACAGCCUUCACUGAGUACGUCCACGCCUACUUCCGUGGCCACAGCCCCAGCUGCCUGGCUCGAGUCACCGGGGAGUUGACCAUGACCUUCCCGGCGGGCAUUGUGCGAGUGUUCAGCGGGACCCCACCCCCACCGGUCCUCAGCUUCCGGCUGGUGCACGCGGCCCCAGUAGAACACUUUCAGCCAAACGCCGACUUGAUCUUCAGUGAUCCCUCCCAGAGUGACCCGGAGACCAAAGACUUCUGGCUGAACAUGCCGGCGCUGACAGAAGCCCUGCAGCACCAGGCGGAGCAGAACCCCACGGCCUCCUACUACAACCUGGUGCUGCUGCGCUACCAGUUCUCCCGCCCUGGGCCCGAGUCAGUGCCCCUGCAAAUGAGCGCUCACUGGCAGUGCGGGCCCACGCUCACGCGGGUCACCGUGGAGUACAGUUACCGUGCAGGCGCCACCGCAGUGUCCACACCGCUCACUAAUGUCCAAAUCCUGCUGCCCGUGGGGGAACCGGUGACCAGCGUGCGGCUGCAGCCCGCAGCCAGCUGGAACGCGGAGGAGAAGAAGUUCACGUGGAAGCUUCCAGAUGUGUGUGAGGCAGGGGGCUCGGGCCGCCUGUCCGCCAGCUGGCAGCCGCAGACCGGGCCCAGCACUCCCAGCCCCGUGGCCGCACAGUUCACCAGCGAGGGCGCCACGCUGUCCGGCCUGGACCUGGAGCUCCUGGGCAGCGGCUACCGCAUGUCCCUGGUGAAGCGCAGAUUCGCCACAGGGAUGUACCUCGCCAGCUGCUGAGGUGCGGAGCUCCCAGCCCUGCUGCCCACUGGCGGCUUCCCCGGCUCCCAGGCUGGACUCGGCGGACAGGAGCCUCCAUCCAGGCCUGGCUGAGCCAAGACUCCUCCCUCCUCCCCCCAAGCAGGCCCGGUCCUUUUAGUAUUCUUUAAAUAAACACUUUUCUAACAAAUAAAAA